UUUGUGUAAAUGCAAAAUGGCGUCCUUAGUUUGAUGCUGUACAUUCGAUUUACACACACAUUUUACAUUAUUUUAGCCAAUUAAUAUCAAUUUUCACGUAAUCACAUCAAUAAAAAAUUCAUUUGUGAACAUAAAGCACUUGAUUGUCAAUUACAAAUUAAUAAAAUUGUGUGAAUAAUUUUGUGUAAAAAAAAUUGUGUUUGGUUUUUGUACGGGCAAGUAUGCGUCGAAAAAGUGAGCGAACUGUGAAAAGUUCGCCGAUAAAAAAAUCAGAGCCAACCAGUCGACGAUCAACGCGUCGUGGUCGUAAAUCACCGGAAAAAUCGGUGAAUGAAGAAGAAAGUGAACAUUCAAGUGAUCAAGCAUCCAGUUCGGAGAAUGAACCAGAAGAGGUACCACCACUGAAACGAACACGACGCACAAGUCGCACCAUUGAAAAAUCAUCGUCAGCCGAAGAGGUCAGGGCAACAACAACAACACGAACCCGGCGUGCGCGCGGUACUGCCAAAAAAGAUGCAGAUAUUCCAGAAGAAGAAAAUGUCGUCGAUGGGGAACAAAAUGCCGUCACCGAUGCCGAGCCAACAUUGAGUGAAAUCGUUGAAGAGACAAACAUCGAAAAAGUCGAAACAACCAAUAGCAGUGGUGUUGACAGUUCAACCGAACCGGCACCCAUUAACCAAACUCCAAUCGAAGAUAGCAACAAUAGUGCACCAGAUGAUAAUGAAAAAGAAAUAACACCAUCAAAAGAAACCGAAAAUAAUCAAGAGCCGGAAGAAAAUGAUGAAAAUGCAACUACAAUUGAAAUAAAGCCGGAUAUCAGUGAACCGGUUGAGUCUACCAAAACGCGUCGGCGUACAUUAAAACGACUGGAACGAGAAAUUAGUAACGAGGGUACGCCGCAGGUGGCUGAAGAAAAAACGACAAACGAACAAAAUGAAAAUGAGGUAGAUUGUCAUGAGAAAUCACCGAAAAAACUAUCAAACGACCAGAUUAAAAGUUCAGAUGAUUCCAAAUUGGUUGACCAAUCCGAGGUGGAACUACAAAAUGGUAAUGUGGUGAACAGCGAUGCUGCUGAUACAACUGCUAAGGAUACAACAGCCAGUGAGACGGACUCGAGAACGAAAUUAAAUAAGAAAAAACCAAUCGUACGGAAGCGGAAAUGGUUGACAAAUAAAACUGCCGCCCCAAAAGUACAAGAGAUUGCAAUAUCAACAGAUUCAUUGAAGGGGCUAAUAUCGGAUGUAAAGCCGGUACCAUUGAGCGAUGUUAAAUUGGAUUCGUCGCCCGAAAUCGAUCGUGAAUCGGAUGUUAUUGUAAGCUCCACAUCGAUAGAUUAUAAUCGUCGUAGCGAAGAGCAUUUAGUUGAAUCAACCGAAGAUGCUAACGCCGUUAAUAUCACAACAUCACGAAAAAUAUCCAUUGUCAAUGAAUCGGAGGGCGAACCAUUGAGCCCAGCAAAGCACAGUCCAUGUAAUAUUCUCUAUAUUACCAAUUUAGUUCGACCGUUCACGGUUCUUCAACUUAAAAGUUUGCUACAAAGAACUGGCAAAAUUGCCGAAGAUGGAUUUUGGAUAGAUAAAAUUAAGUCCAAGUGCUUUGUUAAAUAUGAAACCGAAGAUGAAGCGAUUGAAACACGACAUGCACUACACGGAAUACGUUGGCCAACAUCAAAUCCGAAAAAUUUAAAUGUCGAUUUUGGCACCGAAAGUCUGAUGGAAAAGGCUAUUGCAUCUACAGCUGAUGAAAUCAAACCGAAUAUUUUAUCUCGAGACGAUCGUAUCGCUAGCUCAGUUGAUCUACAUGAAUCCACUCGCGAUAAGGUUGCGGUAGCUGAACGACCGGUACGUGAAUGGGAUUUAGGUAAAAAAGAUUCACACAGACCGCGAGAAGUGGAACGUGUUGACAGGGAAAAGGAACGCGAACAGAAGCAAACGCGUGAAAUCGGCCGUGACAAUGAAAGAGAACGUGAACGAGACAGAGACCGCGAGAGAGAUCGUGACCAUCGUGGUGACAGAGACCGAGGUGAACGACGAAGACGAUCAGCAUCGAUUUCACCGAGUCGUAGAUAUACAAAGAAGGAUAAUGAACCACCGUUACGUUUAUUGGACGAUCUUUUCCGUAAGACAAAAACAACGCCUUGCAUCUAUUGGUUGCCAUUGACAUCUGAACAGAUUGCAGUUCGUAUUGAAGAGCGUAAGAAGGCAUUUGAACGGCGUGAGGCAUUGAGAAAAGAGCGAGAACGUGAAGAUGCUGAAGAGCGUGAAAGACGCCGGGAGAAGCGUCGAGAAGAAUCGCGUGAAAAGCGUCGAGAAGGGUCGCGUGAAAAGCGCCGAGAAGAGUCACGGGACCGAGAAAAGCGUCGUGAAUCUCGCGACAGAGAGAAACGUCGAGAUGAUUCGCGCGAAAGACGAGAUCGAGUUGCGCCCAGAGAUGACCGAGAUAAGCGUAGGCGCUACUAAGGUGGUUCAAAAAUAUGCAAUUUAAACCAAACUAAACCAAACCGGGUCGAAAAUCAGAUCAUAAUUCAACUGUUUUUUGAUAAGUAAACACACAUUUUAUUUUCAAUCUUGAACUAUCGUCGAACCAUUGCCAAAUUUAAGCAAAGAUUAAAUUUUCCUUUAAAUAAAGUCACUGAUUCUCAUCUGAUAUUUGCAUGAACUUCUCAACGGUUCGACGAUUAUUUUCAAUUGACAAUAUUUCAAACAUGAACUUUCAAAAUAAACUAUAAACAAAAAAAAACCUUCAUAGGAAACCCAAAAAUAGUCGAUCACACUGAUCACGUAAUAAAAUUGAAAGACUUGUUAUUGUAUACAUACUCAAUUGGUAGAAAGCUAAAUUUAAGAAAAACUUCUCUAUCAUCGAGUCUAUUUACGCCACACAAAGAACCAUAUUGCAAGAGCACUAAUAUUUGAUGCAAAAAAAAUGUAAAAUGUGAAAACCAAUAAUUCAAUUGUUUCGUGAAA